AGGAGGAGCAAGUGUCAUGAGUACACGCCUUGAAACCCUCUUUUCUUUCUCCCCCAGGUACUCAGCACAAGUAUCAUUCUUCACGACGUCACAGGGAUUCGGAUAUAGAGCGGCGAAAGAGUGCAUUCUAAGUGGACUUCACUAUGCCGCGCGACAAAAACAGCAUCCCUCCAUACCAGCCAAGUGGCAGCAAACAUCACAGCAGACACAGGCAUAGCGAGCUAAUGUCCAAUCCAGCAUUUUCAUACCACCCAGCGGACAAGAUGCUUCACUUCUAUCGCUGGAGUUCACCACCGGGUGUGAUGAAGAUCCUAUGUAUCUUGAUCAUCAUCAUGUGUGUGGCUGUGUUUGCCUGUGUGGCCUCCACACUUGCCUGGGACUAUGAUAUCAAUGCCAUCGGUCUGGGUGGUAGCGCCGGCUUGGUGCCAGGCUAUGGCUCCUAUAGUGGGUCAUAUGGUGGCGCAUUCGGUGGCGGUUAUGGUGGUGCAUAUGGAGGAGGCAUUGGCGGUUCCUAUAGUGGCUACAGUGGCUAUGGAGGAACAACACAACUGGAUCCUCGAGCUGGAAAAGGCUUCAUCAUUGCCAUUGCUGCCAUUACCUUCAUAGCUGUGCUCAUCAUUUUUGUGUUGGUUGUGUCAAGACAACGUGCUGCCCGCUCAUCAAAGUUCUACUUAGCAACAAUCAUCAUCUGUGCCAUCUUGGCAUUUUUGAUGAUCAUCGCCACAAUUGUGUACCUGGUAGCUGUAAACCCAACCGCCCAGUCCUCAGGGUCCAUUUACUACAAUCAAGUUCGCCAGCUGUGUGCUCAGUAUCAAAACCAGAACCAGGCCCAGGGUAUCUUCCUCAACCAAUACCUGUACCAUUACUGUGUGGUGGAACCCCAAGAGGCCAUAGCAAUCGUCUUGGGCUUCCUGGUGUUUAUAGCCCUCAUCAUUCUUCUGGUGUUUGCUGUUAAGACACGCUCCAGCAUCAGGCGCUGGGGCAGAGACCGUAUUCUGUGGGAGGAGGUUAAGGUUAUCAACGAUAGUCACAGCAUUGGAGAGUGGGUAAAAAAUGUGUCUGGUGAGCCAGAAACACUGGUGAAUGAUUAUAACGAUCAAGUUGGAGCACCUCAGGGCUACAGGGACCAAAUGGACCAAAAGAAGCCAAUUUACAUACCGGGGAAUUCUGAUAUCUUCAGCACCCUGGAUGGGCUAAACGGCAGAUUCAAAGAUUAUGACAUUGGAGCAGAUUCAGGAGAUGACCUUGAGGAAGAGAACUUCAACAAACUGUUUCCUUCCAUUGUGAAUGAGGAGGAGCGUCUGACCUACAAACAAGAGUUUGAACGGGAUUACCAUGAGUACAAGAGAAUUCAAGCUGAGCUGGACAACAUAAACCAGAAACUUGCUCAUCUGGAUGACGAACUGGACAAAUAUCCAGAUAGCAGUCCACAGUUUCUGGAUGCCAUGGAACAGUACACUAGACUGAAGAAUCUCAAGAAAUCCUCCGAUUACCAGAUCAAUAGGAAGCGGUGCAAAUAUCUCAGGUCCAAGCUGUCCCACAUAAAAAGGAUGAUCAGUGACUACGACCAUCGACCUUGAAUACCUAGUUGCUCUUCAGGGAAUGAUGCAAACCCGCAGUGUCUUUUUUCUAAUUUUUCAAGACUUGCCACAAGCCUACACAAAGAGAAUAUACUUUAAGAGUUAAGGUAGCUGGGUUUUGUGUGUUUUGAAUUCAUGAACUAUGAAGAACAAUAAGAUGUAGAUUUUUCAUGUACUGUACAUAUAAGAUAUUCACUUUUAUUUCAGGUAACAUUUAAAGAAUAAUGCUUUUUUUUUAGGCAAUUAAAAUAUACGUUCUUAAAAGCAGUCAGCAUUUAAAAUUAGUGACCAGCUCUUGUAAACAAUAUUUGAUUUACAAUUGUACAUGUUUUUUCAUUGUCAUUUUUAACAGAACUGGAUUAAAAGGUUUCACUAGAUUUUGUUGUAUUGUUUGUCAUGAACUUGGAUUUUUACUGGC